ACAUCUUCAAGUUACUAGCCAAGACAUCCUCUCAUCAAGGUAGAGAACUGGUCGGUUCAGACUGGCACCAUGCGUCUCCAAACCUUUGUCUGGGGCAGCGCAGCCUUGCUCCUUUCGAGUACAGGUCUCUCUACAGCUAACGCACCUGACUGCCCUACCGGGUUCCAGGUUGUUGAGCUUCAGCCUUAUAAGGUCAUUUGUGAUGGAACCACCUCGGCUUCCACUCGCACCAGGACUUAUACCGUUCCAUUCGAGCCUCUGGGUACCAAUCCUCCUGAUCAGAAUGGCACUCCUGGACCGCCCGAUGGUCCUGGAAAGCCUCAGAUCCCAGGUCAACCCGCAACUCCAGCGAACCCCAACCCGCCUGUUCAGCCGAACCCCCCCGGGCAACCUCAGGUACCAGGUCAACCCAUUGUUCCUGGCAAUCCUGAAAAUCCCCAGGAGCCAGGAUCUACCCCUGGUAUUGUCACCAUCACCAUUACUGGCAUACCUCCCCCGCUGAAGACUGAGGGUGUCCCUCCACCGAGAGGAGGUUUUCGGACCAUCACUAAAUACGUAUUCCCUCCCCCAGUCCCUGGAACUACCACGUCCUUCGUGCCGGGCCCAACUCCUGGAACCACGACCGUUCCGCCAGCUCUUGGCUGCUCGGGCUCUGAUUGUAUUGAGACUAUCGUGGUAACUGUCCCGGGACCUUUCCCCAGUCUCAGUACUCGAACCACAACGACUCCCCCUUUGGAUCCUCCAAACACAAGAUUUAUCACGACCACUGUCCCAGGAACCACCCCUGGAACCAUUACUAUCCCCCCAGCUUCGAACUGUGAGACCUCAUGUGUGGAAACUGUGGUGGUCACGACUGUCCCCACAACGCCACCCAACACUGCCAUCACAUUGACUGAGGUCUGCACGGCUACAACCUCCUGCGAGCCCAUCACAAUUACACCUCGGUUCGACUGUGUGCGUCCUUGCACGACGACGGUCAUCACCUACCCUCCCAACACACCAUCUCUCACGACACCGCCACCUGAUGUUAUCACGACAAUCACAGAGUCUUGCACCAGCACUAGCUCUUGCGAGCCCGUGACCAUUGUGCCUCCAGCUCAUUGUGUUCGUCCUUGUACAACAACGGUCAUUACCUACCCUCCCAACACACCAUCGCCCACGACUACACCUCCUGAUGUCAUCACCACUAUUACGGAGCCCUGCACGAGUACUGGUACGUGCGAGCCAGUGGUUACUGUGCCACCCCCCAGUGAUUGCACUCACCCCUGUACAACCACAGUUAAAGUCCGUCCUUCUACCUCAGCGCCCGUCACGACUACACCUCCUGAUGUCAUCACCACAAUCACGGAGCCAUGUCCUAGUACUGGAACGUGCGAGCCUGUGGUUACUGUACCACCUCCAAGUGAUUGCACUCGCCCCUGCACAACGUCGGUGUUUGUCCGCCCUUCUCCUUCAGAGUCUCUCACAACUACGCCUCCUCCUGACGUCAUCACCACUAUCACUGGGCCAUGCCCCAGUACCGGAACCUGUGAGCCUGUGGUCACGGUACCACCUCCCAGUGAUUGCACUCGCCCCUGUACAACAUCGGUGUUUGUCCGUCCCUCGACCAGUUCAUCAGAGGCUCCCUCUACCACUACAGACGGAUUUCCGUCCACGGGGGAGCCGUCUGCGACAACAGAGACAUCCUCGACACAGGAGCCUACAACUACCACAACGGAAGCUACGUCAAUAACGAGAUCUGCAUCUACGUCGGAAGAACCCACCACGACAUCGAUAGAACCUACUACGACUUCAGAACCAACAACCACAGCAGAUGCAUCUACGACGACAGCAUCACCUACACCAUCGCUACCACCAGGCGGAUGUUUCUUUACUCCAGGAACCUGUGAUACAUCCAGCCUCUCACUCGAUCUCUAUGCCAAUUCUGUACAAGUCGAUGACGGCUUUGGCGUAUCCGACGGAAGCUCUGGAGUUGGCCCUGAUUAUUAUCUAUCACAGAGCUCUCUAGACCAAGGCAGCACAACUUCUUUGAGCGUUCCUGGUGGAGAUAAUGAUGAUGCAACUGGAGACCCUUACA